UAACAUGCCAUGUGGUUGCACAGCCAUAGCUAGGCCUUGCAUCAUUCUUCCCUUUAAGUAUUUCUAUUGUUGUCUGUCCUCUCUUAAAUCAAUUAGACCUCCUGUUUAUUCCUCGCUCCUUCAACUAGCCGCCAAAGGAAGGACUCUAGCUCGUUCUUAUCAGUCAGGAGUCAAACUUUAUUCAACAAUGGCUGAGAAUAAUGGCCCUGGAGCACCACCUGGUGGAGAGCCCGCCCUUGAACUGACAGAGAAACAGCUCAAGAAAGCUGCCAAGAAAGACGCUAAGAAAGCAAAGUUUGAUAAGAAGAUUGAAGCACAGAAGAAAGGCCAGCAACAAGCCACACCUCCUGGAGACAAAUCAGACAAAAUUAAGAAGACUAAAGAUGUCCUCAGGUACGAAAUACUGAUACCAAAAGGAGACAAGAAAGACGUGAGUGGUCCAAUGCCCAGUGGUUACAGUCCUAAUUAUGUGGAGGCGGUUUGGUACGACUGGUGGGAGAAGGAAGGUUUCUUUAAACCGGAGUAUGGGGGUCGUAAGGUAACAGAUCCCUGCCCGGAGGGUAAGUUCAUCAUUUGUCUUCCUCCGCCCAAUGUAACGGGAAACCUUCACCUUGGACACGCCCUCACUAACGCUAUUGAAGACGCUAUCACGAGAUGGCAUCGUAUGAAUGGUAAGAUGGUUCUUUGGAACCCAGGAACUGAUCACGCUGGAAUAGCUACACAAGUGGUGGUGGAGAAGAAACUGAAGAGAGAGCAAGGGAAGUCAAGAUAUGACUUAGGAAGAGAAGGAUUCAUUGAAGAAGUUUGGAAAUGGAAGAACGAAAAAGGUGACAAUAUUUAUAAUCAGGUGAAGAGAAUGGGUUGUUCUGUGGAUUGGGACAGAGCUUUCUUCACAAUGGACAAUCAAUUAAGUCGUGCAGUGAAGGAAUGUUUUGUCCUGUUACAUGAUGAAGGAACUAUUUAUAGAAGCAAUCGUCUGGUGAACUGGUCAUGUACUCUCAAAUCAGCAAUAUCUGAUAUUGAGGUUGAUAAACAUGAGUUGUCCGGUCGUACCUUCCUCUCUGUUCCUAAUUACGAUAACAAGAUUGAGUUUGGAGUCCUAGUCUCCUUUGCUUACAAGGUGGAGGGGAGUGACGCUGAGAUCGUCGUGGCAACCACUCGAGUAGAGACGAUGCUAGGAGACACGGCCAUUGCAGUACACCCUCAGGACCAGAGAUACAAGGACCUGGUGGGGCGGCUCUGUCUCCACCCAUUCUGUGACAGGAAGUUACCAAUUAUUGCUGAUGAAAUGGUGGAUAUGUCUUUUGGAACAGGAGCAGUUAAGAUAACUCCCGCCCACGACCAUAACGACUACGAGUGUGGGAAGAGACACAACCUUCCAUUUAUAGAAAUGAUCAACGAUGAAGGAUACAUCACUGAUGUGGCUCAGGAAUUUAAAGGUAUGAAAAGGUUUGAUGCUCGUAAGUCAGUCCUUGCUGCCCUCAAGGGGCGUGGCUUGUAUCGAGAAACCAAAGACCAUCCAAUGACUGUACCUAUCUGUAGUCGUUCUAAAGACAUUGUGGAGCCGCUUAUAAAGCCUCAGUGGUGGCUGAACUGUACAGAAAUGGCUCAAAAUGCUGUCCAGGCGGUUAAAGAUGGCAGUCUUAAGCUGAUUCCUAAUAUUCAUGACAAGACCUGGUUCAACUGGUUGGAUAACUCCCGUGACUGGUGUAUCUCCCGUCAGUUGUGGUGGGGGCACAGGAUACCAGCUUACUUUGUGACCUUUAAUGACCCGUCACUACCCGAAGGAAACGAAUCUGAUGGCCAGUAUUGGGUCAGUGGGCGGAGUCAAGAUGAAGCCUUACAAAAAGCUGCCGAAAAGUUCAAAGUACCAAAGGAACAGAUAGUCCUAAAGCAAGACGAGGAUGUACUGGAUACUUGGUUCUCUUCUGGACUCCUCCCAUUUUCCAUAUUUGGAUGGCCUGACAAAACGGAUGACCUAAGUUCUUUCUAUCCUAAUUCAUUACUGGAAACUGGUCAUGAUAUCCUGUUCUUCUGGGUUGCCCGGAUGGUGUUCUUUGGUCAGAAACUGAUGGGGCGUGUCCCUUUUCCUGAGGUCUACCUCCAUGCUAUGGUGAGGGAUGCUCAUGGCCGGAAGAUGAGUAAGUCCCUUGGUAACGUCAUUGACCCACUGGACGUCAUGAGAGGGAUCAGUCUAGAGGGUCUCCAUGAAAGACUCUUAACAGGAAACCUGGACCCCAAGGAGGUGGAGAGAGCAAAGGCUGGACAGAAAGCAGAUUACCCCAACGGUAUCCCUGAGUGUGGAGCUGAUGCCAUGAGGUUUGCUCUCUGUGCCUACACUGCUCAAGGACGGGACAUUAAUUUGGAUGUGAAACGUGUUGUUGGUUACAGACACUUUUGUAAUAAAAUAUGGAACGCACUCAAGUUCUCUUUGAAUAUAUUUGGAACCGACUUCACUCCUAAUGCAACUAGCGAGUUCACAGGUUUUUCCACUGACGUUAUGGAGAGGUGGAUACUGAGCAGAUUGUCUUCAGCUGUUGAUGAUUGUGAUAACGGGUUCACUGGCUAUAACUUUCCCGACGUGACAACGGCCAUUUAUAACUUCUGGUUGUAUGAACUGUGUGACGUUUAUUUAGAGUAUUUAAAACCAAUAGUGUAUGGCAGUGAUGAAGGAAGGAAGCUCAUGUGUAGAAAUGUUUUGUAUACUUGUCUUGAAACUGGUCUAAGACUCCUCAGUCCUUUUAUGCCUUUCCUUACCGAGGAGCUAUGGCAACGGUUGCCACGGAGACCUGGCGAGACAGCAGUAUCGAUAUGUGUUAACAGCUACCCAAAGAAGGGAGGAGUGAGGGAGGAGGCCAUUGAAGAAGAAAUGAAGUUAGUACAAGAAACAGUGACGGCAAUAAGGAGACUCAAACAGGACUACCUCCCUCCUAAAGCACGACCUGAAGUUAGUUUGAUAAUGAAGGAUGAGUCUGCUGGUAAAAUAUUGAAUAGCUACCUUGAAACCAUGAUAACUCUGUCACAGAUCAACAGCCUAGUGUUGCUGGCUCCUGAUACUCCUCCACCAAGAGGCUGUGCUUUCACUACCAUUGGUAACCAGUGUCUGGUCUAUAUGCAGCUUAAAGGGCUGGUGGAUGCUCAGAAAGAAAUCAACAGAUUAGAAGAGACGCUAGCUAAGAAAUCAGGUCAACGUGAUAAGUUUGUUAAAACAACUGAAGUUGAUGGCUAUACCGAGAAGGUUUCCAUUGAAUUUCGUAAUGCUAAUCAAGAGAAGAUUGAUGGAUUGACUGCUGAGAUUGCUGACUUGACUAGAGCACUAGAAGGAUUUAGGGCAUUUCAAAAGGAAACUGAAUCAUGAAGAACUUUACGAUAAUAAUAAUAAUAAUAAUAACAAUAUUGAUAGUUGCUAUAGAAACUCAUAUUUUUCCGUAUUUAUAUUUACAGUAGUGUUAAUAGUAUACUGGCUUUCUGCCAGUUCUAUUUUUAGUAA